AUGUAUGUGAAAUGCUUUGAUACAGUAAUGUUUUACUAUGUGAUUUUAGUGAGUUUAGUGAAUGUCACUUUUUGACAUUUUUAAAUUUCCCACCAGUUCCAUCCCCGUACGUCCUGACGUCGCAGGGAACGGAACCCAGAAGACAGAUGCCGGCAUCGGCCGGGGGAGAUGGCACUGCAGGGGGGGCAUCGCGGGAGCGCAGGACAAGGUAAGUGCAGAAGGGAUCCCGAAGCAGCGCUGCAGGGUAUUCCCGAGUGUAGCUCGGGGUUACCGCUUGUGCUACACUCGGGAAUACCUCCAGGGAGGU